AUGGCCGGAAAAGGAUCUCUUGUGGUUGUGUUUGUGAUUUUGGUGGUGGGAGGUGUGCAGGCUAGGAGGCUUGUUGGAGUUCAGCCUGAUGUUUCUAAAAACGAAGGUAACAAUGGUGGUGCCAACGAUGAAAUUGGUGGUGGCGUGGAAGAAAAGGGAGGAGUUGAUGGUGGUGUGGGAGCUGGCAUUGGUUCCGGUGUAGGAUUCGGCAACAACAUCAAAGGAGAGAAAAAUGCAGGCGGGAAAAAGGGAAGCGACGCUGGUGGUGUUGCUGGAGCUGGCGUGGGUGCUGGUGUUGGGGCUGGAAUUGGUGCUGGAGCUGGAGCCAGAGCUGGAACCGGAGUCAGAGCCGGAGUUGGAGAGGGAGCUGGCAUGGGUAGUGGAGGCAACAGGAACCGUGGAAGUAAAGAUGUAAGUGAGGAAAAACGAGGUGGCACUAGGACUGUCGGAGUUAAUGAUAUUGGUGCGGGUGCUGGUAGGGGAAAAGGUAAGCGUGAUGCUACAUUAUUAGACAGCAAAAUCAGUGACAUUGGGUCAGGUGGUGGAGCUGGGGCAGGUGGUGGAGCUGGGGCUGGUGGCGGAUUUGGGGGCGGCAUAGGUGGUGGUAUUAGUGGUGGAGCUGGGGCUGGUGGUGGAGCUGGAGCAGGUGGUGGAGCUGGAGAUAAUGCUGGAGCUGGAGCUGGGGCUGGUGGUGGAGGUAAUGCUGGAGCUGGAGCUGGUGGUGGAGCUGGAGGUAAUGCUGGAGCUGGAGCUGGUGGUGGAGCUAGAGCUGGGGGAGGAAUAAGUGGUGGUAUUAGGGGUGGAUUUGGUGGAGGUGGAAAUGUAGGUGAUGGAGCUGGUGCUGGAGCUAAUGGUGGAGCUGGAGCUAAUGGUGGAGCUGGAGCUAACGGUGGAGCUGGAGCUAACGGUGGAAUCAGUGGUGGUGUUAGUGGAGGUGGAGGAAUAGGAGGUGGCGCUGGUGCUGGUGGCGCUGGUGCUGGUGGUGCUGGUGCAGGAACUCAGGGCCGUGCUGGUUGA